CGUAGUAGAACAGAUUGCGUUUCUGUUAUUUUCACGCACCAAAUUGCCCUCAGAACAGUAUUCAUUAUACGACGUCGUAUUUCCCUCUUCACAUUUUCCCUAAUCUUUUCCGUCGUCGUCUUCAGAGGGCUAUUUUCGGUAUUAUGUAAAACUGGGUCUUCUUCUCCUUUUUCGUUUUGCCUUCAUUCAAGAAACCGACUCUGUGCAGUGCUCUCCUUUCUCUUCUCCUUCUUCCUCAAUCCAUAAUCUCAAAUCCCCACGUUUCACAAACCCUAAUUUUCGUGUUUCUAUUUUGUGUUUUUCCCCCUUCUCGAAUCUGUGUUAUCUCAUCGAAAGAACGAAAUCAUAAUCGUUAAAAGAAAAAAUUAUUUGGGAGUUAUCCAUUUCGAAACGCAUUGCAGUCUAAUCAAUCGCUGGCAUAUAUAACGCCAUUGUUAAUUUCUUGUUCUUGUUUUACGUUGAUAAUUCGUAUUGGAAUCCUGGCAGCGGGAUAAUUCGAGAGGUUAAUUGAUCUAUAUGGUAUAUGGCGAACGGUACGGCUCCUGAUGAGUUUGUGGUGUUAUCACGAGUCCGGACUGGUCUUAAGCGUGAGUUUGCAUUUGCUUUGAAAGUUCAGUCUGAGAUUUGUGGGUUGUUAGCUCUGACUAACGCAAGGAGGUUGAACAAUGUGAUUCCAGAGAGUCCCACCCCCAAGAGGUUAAAGGGAUUGGCGACGACGGAAGCCAAUGGGGGCGAAGAGGAUGAUGAGAAAUCGAGUGAGGCUGCGCAGUUAAGGCGAUGUGAGGAGGGGGACGUCGAGAAAGUGAAGACUAUGGAAGACACAGCGGAUUCAAUGAGUGAGGAAGAGGCAAAGAGUGAUAUUGUAGACCUUGUAAGCGAUGAAGAACCCAGGAGUCAGGUGGAUGAAUCUAUGGGUGAUACAUCGAAUGCUAUUUGUAUGGCAGAAUCAAAGGAGGAACUAUUGGACAGUGAGGAUCCGAACAGCCAUGAGAAGUCUAAGGAGACCUUGAGAAUUGAACCUGAAGAGCUAUUAACAAGUGGGGAUUCAGGGAAGGAUGGUAAAAAUGUUCCCCCAGAGGAAGCAGGGAAUGGAUCGGAAUCAAUCGUUGUUGUAAAAGGUCAGUUGGGAAAGAAAAUGGCUCAUCAACCUCGUAAAAGGUUCACUCGUUCGACCUUAAAACAGAACUCAGAGCCCACGACGACAUCUACAGAAAUUCUUGCAAAAUCUGAUGUGGGUACGGCAAUGCAAGCUAUCCCAAAUGAUUCUGAAACCAAACCCGAGAAAAUUCCCAGCCCUUUAGCUACACCCACGAUGAAGAUUGGAAAAACAAAGCUGAACAAAGUGUCUGCAAAGAAGUUUCCCGCCAAGUUAAAAGAUCUUCUGGAAACGGGUAUUUUGGAGGGUCUUCGAGUGAGAUAUAUUAGGGGCUCUAAGAUUAAAGCACAAGGAGAAACUGGGCUUGGAGGAGUAAUCAGUGGCUCUGGGAUAAUUUGUCACUGUAACAACUGCCAAGGAAAGGAGGUUAUUUCUCCCACUUUAUUUGAACUGCAUGCUGGUAGCUCGAAUAAACGUCCACCGGAGUAUAUUUACUUGGAGAACGGGAAUACCCUCCGUGACAUCAUGAACGCAUGCCAAAAUUAUCCUCUCGACCAGACAGAAGAAUUCAUCCGAAGUGCAAUUGGUUGUUCCUUGGUAAAGAGAUCUUCUAUCUGCCUGAGUUGCAAAGGCCGUAUUCCAGAAUCAGACCCCGGAAUUGCAAUGUUUCUUUGCUGUUCAUGCAUGGAUUCGAAGAAGCCUCAUGAGAGUAGCCCCAUUCCCAUAGUAUUUAGUAACGAAAGCACUCCAAAUCCAAAUUUACUUCCUAAGUCAUCUGAUACUGCAUCUAAGAGUGGUUCCACUCGUGGUAAAAGUCAUGGAAGAUUAACUCGAAAGGAUCUACGGCUGCAUAAGUUAGUGUUUGACGAAGAUAUAUUACCCGAUGGAACUGAAGUUGCAUACUAUGCCCGUGGGCAGAAAUUGUUGGUUGGGUAUAAAAAGGGAUUUAGUAUUUUUUGUAGCUGCUGCAAUUCUGAGGUUAGUCCCUCACAAUUUGAAGCUCAUGCUGGCUGGGCAUCAAGGCGCAAGCCAUAUUUGCACAUUUACACAUCAAAUGGGGUGUCUCUACAUGAGUUGUCCAUAUCUCUAUCAAAAGGACGAAAGUUCUCUUCCAAUGAUACUGAUGACUUGUGUAGCAUUUGCGCAGAUGGAGGGGAUCUAUUGUGUUGUGAUGGCUGCCCCAGGGCUUUUCAUAGAGAUUGUGUUCCUUUACCAUGCAUCCCGACCGGUACCUGGUACUGCAAGUAUUGCCAGAAUUUGUUCCAGAAGGAAAAAUUUGUGGAGCACAAUGCAAAUGCUGUUGCCGCUGGAAGGGUUGCUGGUGUUGAUCCUAUUAAGCAGAUAACAACGAGAUGCAUUCGCAUUGUCAAAACUUUGGAGGUGGAAGUUGGUGGAUGUGCCUUAUGCAGUUGCCAUGACUUUAGCAAGUUAGGUUUCGGUCCUCGAACCGUUAUUCUUUGUGAUCAGUGUGAGAAGGAGUUUCACGUUGGCUGCUUAAAGGAACACAACAUGGAAGAUCUCAAGGAACUCCCCCAAGGAAAGUGGUUCUGUUGUCCAGGGUGUAACAUGAUACACUCUGCACUGGGGAAGCUAGUGUUUUUGGGAGGAGAGAAGCUGCCCGAGUCUAUUCUGGUCUCGGUACGAAAAAAGAUCGACGACAAGGGUCCAGGAAGCAUAAACAACCUUGAAAUUAGAUGGCGGGUCCUAAACUGGAAAAUGUCAUCUUCUGAUGAAACUAGAUCAUUGCUUUCAAAGGCCGUUUCUAUUUUCCAUUAUUGUUUUGACCCCAUAGUUGACUCCGCCUCUGGGAGGGACUUCAUUCCGUCAAUGCUUUAUGGGAGGAACAUCAGGGGCCAAGAGUUUGGUGGGAUAUACUGUGCAGUUCUAACUGUGAAUGAAUGUGUUGUGUCGGCGGGAAUAUUUCGGAUAUUUGGGAGUGAAGUGGCGGAGCUUCCUUUAGUGGCAACAGACACCAACUUUCAAGGACAGGGGUACUUCCAAUCGUUGUAUUCGUGCAUUGAGAGGUUGUUGGGGUAUCUGAAAGUGAAGAAUCUGGUUCUGCCAGCCGCAGACGAAGCGGAGUCGUUGUGGAUAAACAAGUUUGGGUUCACCAAGUUGGCGCCGGAAGAGGUAAUGGAGUACAAGAGACAUUACCAGAUGAUGAUCUUCCAAGGGACGUCAGUGCUGCAGAAGGCG